GAGAAAGUAAGCAGGACGGAUCUAGAGAUCUGCAACCUUUUGAAUUUGAGGGAGAGAACAACGAGCAGCACAUGCACCUACUGGUCGAUCUCUCCAGCCAUAGAGCAGAUACGCCCGAUUUCCUCUCUCCGAGAUGCCUUCGACGUCGAGCACAGUUGUAACGACGCGGCAUUGGCUCCUGUUGUUCUUUGCUUGCACGGUCAUGUUUAGCAAUUACUACUGCUAUGAUAUUCCUGCCGCACUCAACGUCCCCUUACAAAAGUGGCUUUCGUCACCUUACGACAAAUAUCAAUGGCAGAUAAACUUACUUUACUCCGUCUACUCCCUUCCCAACAUAAUAUUGCCGCUUAUUGGUGGAAUGUUGGUGGACAGUAUGAGUGCCAGUACCAUGUUGAUGAUAUUUGCAUCGCUUGUGUGUAUUGGACAAGCUCUGUUCGCGUUUGGGGUGUCGUCCCGGAUUUUUGAGGUGAUGGUUCUGGGAAGAGUGAUAUUUGGCGCCGGUGGGGAGAGCUUGGAGGUGGCUACGUCGCGAAUCACAACUGAUUGGUUCAAAGGCCGAGGUUUGGGCUUUGCGAUGAGUCUUCACCUCUCAAUGGCUCGUAUUGCAGCAGCAUCCAACGAUAAUCUCUCGCCCUGGUUGGCGGAGCAUACGUCUACGCCAACUGCAGUAUGGUUCGGUUUUAUCGUGUGUCUACUUAGUAGCGUAUGCGCUAUUGCCAUGAUAUACUUGGACCGACCCACAUCCCGGUUUGCGGCUGGCGUUGUCGUCGAAAUGGACUCUUCUCGCCGACAGCGACAGAAACGCAGAUUGGGAAGCGAGGACGAGCGUCAGCCGUUACUUGUUAACGACGCUAAUGGUACGCAUUCACGACGACCUAGCGUGGAGGACGGAUGUCUGGGAAGCCCUUUGGUCGAUCAGGGUUCUUUUUGUGAUGAUGGAUCUUCGGAAGAGGAAUACGAUGAAGAAGAUGAAACCGUGCAUUUUUCUCAAUUGAGGGGAUUGAGCUGGUCCUUUUGGAUGCUCUGUUUGGCGACGAUUGGAUUAUAUGGUUCGUCCGUUCCCUUCUUCCAUAUUUGUACAGACUUCUUUCAGCAAAAGUGGUAUCCAAAUGACUCGCAAAGAGCGGGAAUGGUCAUGUCCAUUCCAGACUUGGUCUCUGCUGUUGGCUCACCACUCUGCGGUCUCUUUAUCGAUCGAUUCGGUCAUCGAAGUACUCUCUUGCCCAUAUCCGGUGUCCUUGUCCUCAUUACCCACGCCCUUUUAUGCUGGACCGACAUCACGCCCAUCUUUCCCAUGUCUAUUCUAGGAGUCGCGUACUCCAUUUUUGCAUCUGCACUAUGGACAUGUGUGCCUUAUCUGGUUGGCAGCCAUCAGAUUGCGACCGCAUACGGAUUGGUUGCGGUAGCACUUAAUUUAUCCCUUGCAUUGUUCCCGCUUGCGGUAGCGCGAAUACGGAAUGCUCACCCCGAGACAUUUGUAGAGGUUGAAAUAUUCUUUAUGGUUCUGAGCUUUGCUGCCAUAAUCUUGUCAUUGGGAUUAUAUGCGAUUGAUGCACGAAACGGUUGGGUUCUCAAACACCACCGACAUGUGCCACGACCGGGACUAGGUAGCAAACCGGGUGAAGGACCCUUACCUGAGGUGGAUGGCGAGCUGGAGGAGGAGGCAUAUGGAAGUAUGGAUGAAGAUGACCUUACUAUUAAGGUAGUCGGCGACGGCGUCAUCGUACCAGCUCCCCAUACCCACAUCCACCAUCAUCAUCAUCACCACCACCGAUCAUCCGGCCCUGGAGAUCGACGAUGUCGGUGCGCGGAAGACAAUGGGAGGAAAUCACCUGUUCCCAGUGUAACGGACGGAUGGCCCCAUGACGCAGGACCCCAAAGUAAUAAGCGAAGAACGUCGCGGUCUCCAAGACGGAGGGAGAGAAACGAAAAUGGAUCUCCUAUUCGCAGGGAAGAAUUAUAUCGCCGUGCUGGUAGAUAUAGUGGGGAGGAUGACGAGAACAGCGGUGCUGGGGACUCUGGCGACAGCGGGUAGAGCGCAUUAAAAAUAUUAUCUGUAUUUAAAUCCAAC